AAGAUAUUUUUUAUGAUGAACCUGAUGAUAGUCUAUUUAAAGAAAUUUUUAGUAGACAAACAUUCACAUUAUUUAAAAUUCUAGAAAAAAGCUUAAAAUUAUAUGUUUCUCAAAUAGGUUUUAAAAUAAGAAUUGUAAAAUUUGAAAAAGAAAAUGAUACUUAG